AUGGAAGGCGUUGCUCAUCUUCUUCUCCAAGCCUAUACCCUGUUAGCGGCCACUCUACUAAUCACUACUGCCAAUUUCUCCCACCCAACAGCCGCCUACGAUCCAAACCCUCUCCAAGAUCUCUGCGUUGCAGUCAACCACUCCAUCCAUGGCGUUUAUGUCAACGGGAAAUUCUGCAAGGAUCCCCGCAAAGUGAGCCCGAACGAUUUCUUCUACACGGGCCUCAACGUCCCUCGCAGAACAUCAAACAGGCUCGGCGUCAACGUCACCCUCCUGACGGCGGAUUCGAUCCCGGGCCUGAACACCAUGGGCCUGUCCCUGGGCCGGGUCGACCUGGCGGCCAACGGCGGGCUCAACCCGCCCCACCACCACCCGCGUGCUUCCGAGAUUUUCUACCUCAUCAAGGGGACCCUUUACGUCGGAUUCAUCACCGCCAACCCCACCCACCGCCUCUUCGCCAAGAUCCUCACCGCCGGCGACGUCUUCGUGUUUCCCCUCGGCUUGAUCCACUUCCAGUGGAACAUCGGGUCGCGUCAGGCGGUGGGGUUUGCCAUUUUGAACAGCCAGAACCCCGGGGUGGUGACCACGGCGAACACGCUGUUCGGAGCGGUGCCGGCGGUGUUGUCCGACGUUCUGGCCAAGGCGUUUCAGCUGGACGUGGCCACGGUGGAAUACCUGCAGCAGCUGCCGUGGCAGAACCCGUAAAUAAUCUGACGGUGUAUGAUUGUUGUUGUUGUUUUGGAUGAGGGGAAGCCAUAAAUUAAUCACGUCUAUAGGGUUUGAACUUGCAAAGAUGUGGGUGUUACUAUUAAUAAUGUCUCUAUUGCUAC